AGUGAGUGCCAACAUGCCGUUCCUGCCACAAGCGAUCGUCGUUGUCGUUCUCAUCCGUCUGGUACCGGUUUAAAGACGUGUCGUGGAACGUGAAAUCAAGUGCUCGGCUCCCUGUCUCGUCUUCUCGCGUACAGUUCGUCCCUGCUCGUGAAUGAAACAUAUAAAUCGCCGUAUAAACCCGCACGUUCAUGUUCAAAUAGUCACCCGUCGUAGAAAAUCGUGUUUUCGAUGACAUUUGUGACUAUCGCGGUGAACGUUUAUACAUCGGUAAGACGACCGAUUAAACCUAGCCCAAAUUGUUUCGUCGAUUACAAUUUCCCAAACUUUUCACCCGGUUUCCUUUUCUAGCAUCGGUUUACCUCCCAUCCGACAUUUCAUUUAUCGGGGUGUUUCCGUCCUUAUCUCUCGUUUCUCGUUUCAUCUCUAUCGUUUCCCCAUACCCCCUCCCUCUGAUCAUCCUUCCGUCAUCGUCUGGUCGACCGCGGGAGGCAGACGGGACACGAAGCGCACGGAUUUAUAUUCGUGUAGCGCAGGAGAGUUUAGCAGCUUCGUAAAUAUGGCGUGUGAACGGUGGUGUUUUAACCGUGGCUGUGACGAAGCUCCUCGACGAUGGCUCUACAUCCUGUUCCUGGCCUUCUGUGUGCUCGAGCAUCCUGGUUCGAGCAUCGCGGACAGCGAGUUCAGUCGGUACCAUUAUGAAUUGGGACGUUCGGGAGGACAGUCGUUGCACGAUUUUGGACCAGUCGAAUUGGCUUACGUGUCCGACGAAGAUGCGGUCGACGAUGAAGAAGUGUUAACAAGGUACCGUCGAGAAGCGGAUGAGAAGCCAGAUCCUGCAACCGAGCGAAUCUCACGGGGGCAACAAUUGCAACAGCAACAGUCGCAGCAACAGCAGCAGUCGCAGCAAUCGCAGUCGCAGCCACAGCCGCAACCGCAGCAACAACAACCGCAGACGGUUGUGAAUGCGUCGAAUGUACCAACGAACGAUGGAUACGACUAUCUGACAGAUUAUCCGACAGAAUCGACGGUUCCUACGUCAUCUCCAUCGUCGACAACAGUUUCGUCAGGCGAACAAGGACUUGUGACGCCUACCCUUAGAUUGGACAAACCGGAGACUUCAACGCCGAUAGUAUCGAUCUACGGAAAGAAUUCUUCCACCAAAGAACCGGUUCCAUCGGCAAUUCCGGGAGGUAAAGCUAACUCUAUCAAUGUAACUACCGACGCUAAGAAAAAUUCGACGAAGGGCGCAGAGUCUGUGCCGGAAUCAACGGACAACAAAGAUGAUUCCGAUGGCAGUAUCGGAGACAUAUCUAUCAGCAGGUUUUCGGACUUAUCCAACAAAACUUUGUCCCAGCACAAUAUCACGAAAAUGGAGUAUGACACGCAUCAAUAUUACAACAGCACGUUUAUCAUCGAUGAAACUGUAGGGAAGAAAUUCUGGGUGGAUAUAAAUAAUCAUCCAGAUUUGAAGGUCAAUUACUUACUUAGUCAAAGUCACCGUCGAGCAGCGACGGUGAAAUUGAAAUUCGAUUUCCCUUUCUACGGUCACAAAGUUCGUAACAUCACCAUCGCCACCGGAGGAUUUUUGUACACCGGGGAGUACGUUCACAGUUGGCUAGCCGCCACACAAUAUAUCGCACCACUAAUGGCAAAUUUCGACACGCGACUAUCUAAUGAUAGUUAUGUGAAAUAUGUCGAUAACGGAACGGCGUUCACGGUUGUAUGGGAGAAGGUGGUAUUGCAAGACAAACCUGAGACAGGGGCAUUCACGUUUCAAGUGACUUUGCAUCAAAACGGUGACAUCGUGUUUGUAUACUCGGUGAUCCCUCUGAUGGUAGAGCAUAUCAAAGAUACGGCGCAUCCUGUUAAAGUUGGAUUAAGCGAUGCUUAUAUCAUGGAUAGAAUAGUGUUCUUUGUUCGCAGAAAAACGAUUUACGAAUAUCAUCGCGUGAACUUUAAUCAGCAGGACAUUAAGAAUUGGACAGUGAUUUAUCUACAUGCACUGCCUACCUGUUUAGAAAUGGAUAAUUGCAGAGACUGUUUGACAAAACUAAAAGGCUUCGACUGCAAAUGGUGUUCAGAACUGAAUCAAUGCAGCACCGGAACAUCUAGAUCGCGACAAGAUUGGCUGUUGAGAGGUUGCGAUGUUCGAAUGAUAAAAGCAAUUGACAAUUGCCCGUUACCAACUACGACAUGCAAGGAACACCUCGACGAAUAUAAUCACAUUUUACGCAUGCAUUCGGGAGAGACUGUUACCGUUAGUGAAAUGAAUGCGAAGCAAGAGAAACCUGGAUCGAGUCCUCUAGAGCGUUCUCGGGACAAUAUGAACAUGGGAGUUUCAGGAAUUAUUGGAAUUCUCCUUGUAAUUGGUUUAGUCGUAGGUUUAGCCGCGUGGGCUGCAUAUGCUUACCGCAAUCCUCAUAGUACGUCCGGACAAAUGUUAAUUAGGUAUCGACCAAGCCAAUGGAGUUGGCGAAGAGGAGAAGCACGUUAUACAGCAGCAACGAUUCACAUGUAGAAAUAUGUAAUCGAAACGCAAUCAGCAAUUAGUACAGAACUAUCGGACCAAACUUCCUAUUAAAUAUACACCGUAUUAAGUCUGCAAGUUUAUGUACAGAAUCGUUAGCCUGCAAUUACGCACGUGUCGCUUUAUUAAUUGCCAUAUGUCAAUAUAUGAUACUUAUUUGUUGAUAUUAACGUAAAAUAACAUGUCCGAUUAUUACCGAUAUACAAGGGAUCGGAAAUCGUAGUACAACCAGGCAAGCGGUAAUUCUACAUGAAAAAAUAAGAGAACAAUUUGAUAUAACAUUUUUUCAUCCGAGACUUUGUUUACGAGAAAAUUAGGCAUAUAAUAAAUUAAUUAAAACAAAAGUAAAUAAUCCACAAGAAUGUAAACUAUAUAUAAAAAUAAGUAAAAAAUGUAGAAUAACAUAUUUUCAUGAGAUGCUUUGCUUUUUCGAGAAAAAUAAAUUUUAAAAUGUAUAAUGCGCGUGUAUCAGAUUUUUUCAUGUAGAAUCACCCCAUAUCCGAUUGUAGUACGAUUUCCGACUCAUCCUGUAUUUAUACUGAAACAAAUAUAAUUGUGUUGGAAAAGGGAAAAGAACAAGUAUUUCAAAUUAUUAUAAACAAGUAUUGCAAAAUUAUCUAUUAUUAAAUUUACGACGCUAAUUUCCGAAGAAAUGGCAAUUAAGCUACUAGUGACAAAGGUAUAGAGGAAACUUUUGAAAGUGACCUUCACUGUAUCAGCGAGCGGAAUAACGAAAGUUUAUUGAGAUUUUAAAUUUUGUACAGUAAUGUUAAUGUUAUAAAAACACAUAAAAACAAGUUUAUACUUACUGUUGCCCGUGAAAAUAUUGAAUCGACCUUUUAUAACGUCUAAUUUCUCUAAUGUUUUCUUUCGAAGAAAGUCACGCUCCAUCACAAUAUUCGAAAGAUGAAACGUUUCUAGAACAAAUAAUUAACAGUGAGAGACAAACGGACACUGUUAUUGUGAAUGAUGACUACACGGAAACAUUUGUUACAUUUUCGUAGUCGAAGUAACCGUAUUAUCGAAAGACGGGCAAGAAAUCCUUCCCCCUGGAUAUUGAGCGUUUAUGUGAUUUUAGUAUCAUGUCGUAUACUUUGUUAUUGUUUAAGAGAGAGAGAAAAGAGAGAAUUCGUUUUUUAUCGUUAUAUAAACUUCAGUAAUUGUUUAUAAAUAUAAGUAUGUAUCUAUAUAUUUAUAAAUUAUAUAUUAUAAUACAAAUAUAUAUAUUUAUAAAUAUAUAUUUAUAUAUAUAUGUAUAAUCUUUGCGACGUGAAGAGCAAUAUUUUAAUAAAAAUCAGUUGAAUGAUCAAGUUCCGAUCUAGCCUCUAGAAACUACAGUUCGGAUGGUAUAUGGGAAUUAAAUUUUUAAACAAACUUUCAGCAAUAUUUAGAGAAUUUUAUGACGCAACAAAUUGUAUAAUUUCAUUUUAUGCUCGUCUUCUUCGUUUUUCCUUAGUACAUUCCAGAAUAUUCAAUUCCUAGGAAUAUAAAAUAUACUGAAUGGAAUAAAUUAAAUAUCCGUAAACUGUAGUUUCACCCUUUAAAUUUUAAAUACGCGUAUAUAUAUGUACAUAUCGUAUGUUCAGAUGUGUACAUAUAUAUUUUUAUAUAUAUACAAAAUAUAUAAAUAUAUUUUAUAUGAAAAGAUUUUUAAACACAUGAGCACCUUAACUUACGAUUAGUAAUAAUACAUGGAAAAAAGCAACAAUGAAAAAUUCAUAUAUAUCGGUAAUAUUAGAUCAUCAGUGUAUAUAGUAGCAUAUUAAAGCAAUAUAAUUUUUAUAUGAUUGUAAGUAUAAUUAAUAUCGAAAGGUGCCCUUAAUCAACUUUUUGAUACAUUUAUUGGCAAUGGAAUAUUAUUAAGUAUUUUCUUCUUGUCGAAGAUUAACGUUUAUGCAAAUUUCUACUUUUUAACAACAAAGAAAGUGUUAGAAAGUAUGUUAAUUUAAAAAGUAGGUGAUUUUUUUUUAAAUAAUAUCUCUAUAUUAUAAAAUUAGCUUACGAAAAUCACGAUUAAUUUUUCUCACAUUAUUGUAUGUAUAUGAUCUAACUGAUAGUUUGUGAUAAUAAAUAUUAUAAUUAUUACAAUAAAUAUGUUUUAAUUUUA